GAUUUAAGAAAGCCUUUUGAUAAAGCAUCAAAAGACUAUGAUGCUAAAUAGUAAGUGAAUGUACUUGUUACCAAAUUAAAUGAUUGAUAUAAAGUAGGAGUGGUUGUCAGUUGGUAAAAUCAAAUCCCAAACAUAUUAUUUACAAUAAUAUUACAGUGUUGCUUGUAGUUCUAAACUUGAAAAAGAGAAGAAACAGCAAGCGAAAGAAUCAGGAUUAACAAGAACAGAAAUUGUACCACAAGAGGUAAUAGAACUAGAAAUUAUCAUUAACACUUCACUUUCUUAGAAUCAUGUACUAUUUACCACGUAAGCCAAGACGCACGCUAAUUCACAAAACUUUGUAAAAAACCCUCUUCCAGAUAGCGGAUGAAAUGGAGAAAGAAAGACGGUAUUUUCAGUUGCAUAUGUGCGAGGUAACAUGUAGUCAAUAUUUGCUGUUCUUUGCUUUGUAAUAUGUAACAAAUUAAUGAUCUGAUGAGUUCUAAUUUCUUCAUUAGUAUCUUAUCAAAGUUAGCGAAGUCAAAAUCAAAAAAGGAGUGGAUCUAGCGCAACAUUUCGUGGACUACUAUCACGCACAAAAUACGUAAGUCACGAAUGGAAUUCUGAGAAAAUCAUGUGUUGCAAUCAUGGCUGGAUUUUGAGGGGAGGUGUGCACCUUCUCUGGGAUCGUUUUGCACCUCCCCCGAGAAUUUUUGCACCUCGCCUUGGGAAAGUUUCAAUGAUAGAUCAAAGUGAAAAUUUGACAUUUUUUGGUUGCUUAGGGUCUGCACUUCGUAAGAAAGUUUUUCUGUAAAAUUGAAACAGUGAUAGCCAUUCAUCUCUGUAUCAAGUAUACCAUUUUAAUGCAAAGUUUUGAAAGAAACUUUGUAAUAAUUGUAAUGAAGGACAAAAUUGGAUAAGUUGUACAGUCAUAAUUUAUUAAUACACUGAUACAUAUUAUGUGCACUACAUGCAUACGUCACGUCGUUGACUUUGGGCUAUUCUAAGCCCUAACUUUCCAUGGGGGUCGUGAGGUAGACCGCUGCACCUCCCCUAAAUUUGUUUCCACCUCCCCCACUAUUUCCACCAAAAUCCGACCUUGGUUGCAAUUAAUGAAAGAAUAUUAAAUGUUCCAUUCUAGAUAUUUUGUAGAAUGUAGUGAAUCGGUAGACUGCAUAAGAAGUUAUACAGAAACUCUUGUUGGUGAAUUAAAACAGGUAUGGUAGAGCAACAGUUUUGUUCAAUAUGAACACAACUUUAAUUAUGAUCUGAGGUGCCAAAAUAAAUUAAUUCCUUAUAGAUGUGGAACAAACCGGUUUAAAAACUCGUACAUCCCAUCGUCGAUUGGGAUUUUUAACGAAAACUGUCAAUUGUAAAAACUUCCUAUCAUAGAAAUUUAAUGUUUGUGACACUUUUUAUACACAUUAUUAUGUAGAAUUCUUAAAAUCUUAAUUAAUUGUUGUAAAAAUAAUUAGUCAUACAUAAAAUUCUAUUCACCUGUAAUAUUAAUUUAAUUUCGACGUAUUUCAACCUUUGGUUGCAAAGUCAAAAACUUAAUAAACACAUUCACAUAUUCAAAUUGUGUUUUAUACUGUAGUGUGCUAAUUUUUGUUGUAUGUUUAAGCUGCGGAUACAACAGGAGAAUGAGAAAAAGAAUUUAAUGAUGCUGCGUGAUGAAGUAAAAGAAACUCUACAGAUAGACAGAGAGGUUUGUCACGAUCUUGCAUCUUUAUUCAAGUGGAGUGUAUGUUAAUCGUCCUUACUUGCAGCUGAGAGCUAAGCUGAAUUGCGAAGGAGCAGCUCAAUAGAUAGCUUAUGAUCUACAACGUCGACGUCAGCUAGGAUGUCAGGGCUAAGCAGAGGACUGGGACUAGGACGUCGUCCAAAAUAAGUAGAUAGCUCAAGUAUCUACGUCGUCAAAUAUUUAGGGCGGCAAGUGGAAGUAAAUUGGCAAUAGUUUUUGAAGUGUGCAUGUGUGUCUCUCUCUAUUUGCUCGUCGUCCACCAAACGUUGACAACCUCGCAACAAGAGUUUUACCGUCGUAAAUACAAGAGCAUAACAAACGGUAAUGGAUUCACACGUCUCUUUUAAAUUCAUUUUCGAAAGUAUGUAAAUAUUUAUAGUUUAAAUGUCGACGUCGUGAAUCUUAAGUGGAAGUUUAUUUAUUUAAGACGACGUCCUAGUCCCAGUCCUCUGCUUAGCCCUGACGUCCUAGCUGACGUCGACGUCGUAGAUCUUAAGCUAUCUAUUGACUCAUGUGUGAUCAAAUAGCUACUCAUGUGUGAUCAAAUAGCACAACUAUGGUGGAAGGGUCAAUUACUGUAAGGGCUAUUCCCAACCUACCCAGGCUCUUCCCUCGAGCGUUGACUAUCUCUUUUCAUUAUAAGUGUCUGAAAUCCGUCUUCUAAUAUGAAUUCAGAUAAUUGUUGGCCUCUUUAAACACUAUGUUGGUGAUAUGUUGGUUGAUUUUGCAUUGAGUAUGACUUAAAAUUUUCAUCCAACUUUCUCCAACGCAAUGACAAUGUGUCAGUGGCAGCAAUGGAUAUAGGUCAUGUUACAAUCAACUUCUACAUAUUGUAUUUAGAAAAGUCUUGAAAGAGCUGGCUAUACAUUGCAUGGUCAACAAGGAGAUAUUAAUCAUGGCACGAUGAUUAAAGGUUAUCUAUUAAAGCGAAGUGAAGGGUAAUGCCUUGUAUUAUUAAUAUAUGAAAAAUAUUCUAUAUCUUUGACGAAGAUUCUGUGAUAGUUAUGGCUUAAUUGUUCUAUGUUAAUUUUCAUGUUGAAAUUACUGUAAUGUACCGGUAUACAAAAUUGAUAUGCCAUAUGGAAUAAAUUUUUUUGUAUUUUUUCAGAGUACGUAAAGUGUGGCAAAAAAGAUAUUGUGUUGUAAAUAACGGUCAAUUAACUUUAGCAUACUCAGCGGUAAGAACUUUUCCAAAUUUAUUUUAUGUACGUUCUCCUGCGUUUUGCGUUUCUCGAGAGCGGCAUAAUAUACAGUAGAACUCUAUAAAAAGUUAUCUUUCUCAUUAUUCCUUCAGAGCAGUGCACCAAAUCACACAUUAAACCUUCUAACAUGUCAAGUCAAGGUACAGCAUGUUAUCUUACCUUUCUGCUUCCAGUUCUUUCAUUUUGAAUUCAUUCUUGUUCUGUUUCGUUUUCAGGGUUCUGUUGAGAAAGAGGGCAAGAAAAGCCCAAUAUUUAUAUUAGUUACACGUACGUAAUCUAUCGUCUUUCUUGAUAAUAAAUUGAACAAAAGGCCGGGGAUUUCAUAUUUGGUUAAAUGAUGGACAAGUUUACACACCCAAAAUUUUUUUUGAAAGGUCGCAUUUUUAUGACUUGUGACUUGGCUUACAACUUGGACAAAAUGACUUGUGACUUGACUUGCAAAAUAAGACUUGUUAACAACUCUGCAGAUUAACGAAGCAACUAAAAAUUGGAAUAUAUUUCCAACCCUGAAGAUCUGGAAUUAUUGACUCUCUAUAAAUUUCUGCUGGUAUCAAUUUCAGAUAAUAGAAAUUACCUAUUCCAAGCCGAGGAUCACGCGGAAAUGGAGAGGUAGUUGUGUGUGUUUACUAAAUUAUUUUCUAUAUAAAUAAUAAUAAUAAUUACAAUUUAUAUAGCGCAAAUUGCAUUAAAAUAUGAUCAAAUCAUUUAAUAAACAUAAUAAGCUAAGAAGGGUUCUAAAUGAUUUUGAUAUUUCAGAUGGAUGUCAGUCUUGAGUAACAGUAGAAAAGAAGCCUUAGAAAAAGCAUUUGGUGAACAUGGCAAUGGCUUGGUAAGACAGUUAAUUGUAACAUUUCAAGUUAAUUGUAACAUUUCAAGUUAAUUGUAACAUUUCAAGUUAAUUGUGACAUGCACAGCUAAUUGUAACAUAAUUGUAACUUUGAUUGUUUUAACAUGAAAAUCAUUUACUGAAUAAUAAAUAAUUUUCCUAGCAAAAAGAUAACUCGACGGAUGAAGCAAAUGAUCUCAGACAGAGAAUUGUUCGUGUUGUUCAAAGCUUGCCUGGGAAUGAUAUCUGUGCGGACUGUAAUACUCCAGGUAUUUUGGAAGUUUAGAAAUCAUUGGUUUCUGACAUCAUUUCUGACAUCAUUUCAUUUAACUGCAGGUUAACCACCAUCGACUGCACGAUAAUGCUUAAGUGAAACCAUGUAGCAGACAUAUGCUCUGUUUUCCCCUUUAGAACCGACGUGGUUAUCAACAAACUUGGGAGUUUUGACAUGCAUUGAAUGCUCAGGCAUCCAUCGAGAAAUGGGAGUUCAUGUCUCUAGAGUGAGAUCAUUAACUUUGGAUAACUUAGGAACGGCUGAGCUCUUGGUAAGAAGAACAACGUUUACACAUUCGGGAGUGUAUGCGACUCUACGUCUUCAAAUCCCUUGCCUUAACUUGCACCAAGUAUUUAUCUUAUAUGACUCGCAAUGUCAAGUUUAAUAAAUAAAAUAUUCUUCAUUGUAAUCUAGAUUGCAAAAGCGAUUGGCAAUGGUGGGUUUAACGAGAUAAUGGAAGCGACUUUAGAUGAUGAUUUUGUUAACCGAAGUCAAGCAGUAAAAUGUAAGUUUUUGUUCCAAGCUUGAAAGACACUGGUGUUGUGUGUGAUACAUAAGAAUUCUUAUUGUAUUCUAGGGAGGAAAGAAAAGAGUUUAUAAGAGCAAAAUAUAUAAAUCAUCAAUAUGCGCAAAAACUGGAAGAAAGCCCAUCAGCUCUUUCAAAGGUUCGUACAAUGCCCCCCCCCCCCGCCCCCCUCCUCCUCUUAAUCCACAUGCUUCCUGGUGUUAUUGUCACUACCUUCGCUGGAAUAUACCGUUAAAGUUACCUCCCCAGUAUUACUGCAAGAGCUUUCUUAGCUGUGUAUGAAUUGUUGUUGAUCUUUAUAUAUAGGGUCUGGCUAAAGCUGUUCAUAAGAAAGAUAUCUUGGCAGUCUUACAAGUGUUUGCUGAAGGAGUUGACCUUAGCGCACCAUUACAUGACCAGGUCAGUUACUCCUGGUUACUCAACACCUAACCUGAAGUUCAGGCCCUAAUCACAGAAUAGGGCCUGACACAAAACCUAUCUAAACUGUGGGAUUCCCGUCCACCUGGUGGACGGGAAAUCUGAUUGGUUGAUCAGCAUCAUGAAGGAUUUUGAUUGGUUGCGAGUUCACAUAAACAACAGUUUUAAAAAUAGCUCGGUCAAGGGCUCAAGGCGAGAAUUACAUGUAAUAUAAAGUUCAAACGCACGUAACAAAUUCCAUUAUCGAUUUCUUCGAAUUUCUUUUCUUUUAUGCUUUAUGGCAGAAAAUAAAUCAAACAAACAGUAUUUUGAAAGGGCUUCGUCAAAAUCUUUGACGAAUUUUGGACACACACAACGCUGAAAGAACAGCCAAACUAGUCAUGUAUUCGAAAGAUUGUUGUUGACAGCCAAGAUGUUCUGCCAACUGGCUUCGCCGGCAAAAGUCUUAUUCUUAAUAUCAGGUCCUACCGGCGUUGUUUUCUGAGCUACAUCGCCUUCUUCGUGGUACGAUUGAGAAUUUAGUCGUUACAGUAUAUCCGCGUCCAGCAAGUUGAGACCUUGAGAAAGCUUGACAGUCAAGCCGUGCACAGAACUGACUAAUUAAAUCUUUGUUUGCUGUUCGGUUAAAUAGAGAAACUGACUCUUAAUUAUAUAAAAGUACCUUGAAUUUUUAAGUUUAAUUAAAAAGCAAAAUGCACACUCUGCGGACAUGUUCAUGAGAAUACAAUUUUUUUGUGUAACGAUACUAACGAAAUCUACAACACUUGUCAAUCAUAUUGCAUGUGUGUCUAAAAAUAACAUGUGGGCGUCCCACGGUCUAGACAGGUUUUGUGUCAGGCCCUAUUUCAAAUUAGGGCCUGAACUUCAGGUCACUUAAUGAUGGAUGUAACACCCCAGAAUCGAUUAUACGAUGAUAAUUGUUAAUAAACAAUAGGUCAAUUGCAGUGGCAGAUUUUUCAGUAAUUCUUGUAGGAGUUUUAAUAAGUUGUUCCAAGUAAUGCAAAUUUCCAAAGCGAAUAAGUUGUUGUCGUAAAGAGUCUUUCUUUGCCGCUAGAACAUUAACAUUGAAAUCGCCCAAAAUUAUAAUAUCGGCUUCCGAGGGAACAGUACAUAAUACAUUACUUAAACUUUCAAUAAAAUGUUCAAGUUUCUUGUCAGGAGCCUUAUAUAUAGUAAAUAUGAAAAGUUUCCUAGCUUUUACUCGAUUGACUUCAAUAACACAGGAUUCAAUAUUCGGUGCUUGCAAGUCAGAGCGCACACAGUAAGGCAAGCCAUCACGAAUAUAGGCUAAAGUACCUCCCCUGAUACGACUAUCUCUGUCAUUCCUCGAUAAAGUAUAUCCAGGGAUAUAAAUUUCAUUAUCAGAUACAUUAGCUUUCAGCCACGUUUCGGACAGAGUUAACACAUCAAAAGGGUUUUCCUUUAAGAAGAUACGUAAUGAGUCGAUCUUACCGAUCAAACUUUGAACAUUGAGGUGAGCGAUCAUUAGUCCACGAAAUCGAGGGAAAUCGUUAGAUACUGGUCCAGGAUUUACUGAGAUAACAUUCGAAGUAGAAAUUAAAACUGCGGCCAGGAAAGCUUUCUGUAAAAGGUAGCAGCUAGACAUCACAAGCUUAGCAUUCGUUAGUGGGACACGUAAUGAUUUGCCGGUUGAUCGAAGAGGUUGAGAUGUUGUUGUUGGAAUUGCCGGCUUCGAAACAACAGCUGCAGCAUACGGAAUAUCACAAUCGACAUAUCGAGAGUGCCAAAGUGAUUCUCCAGACUUGUUUAGAUUUGAUAUUAGUAGAUAGAAAAUCAAUACAGCAACCAACUGAGACAGCGAACACAGUUGACGACCACACAACAUUUUGUUAAUAUAUACGUAAUAUAAACGUAAUAUUUUUAUACUAUAAGAAUCGAAACCUUUGCCAGAAAAGUGAACAGGUUUUCCCACAAACCAAACGAAGGUAACUGGCAAUGCGCCCGCAUGCACCCGCAAAUGACACCUCGACUUGCAGGGAAUGAUAUUUGAGCAUGUGUUUAUUGGGUUGCCUAGCAACGGAUACGAAAAUAGAAUGCGAAAUUCGAGCUUUUCAACAGUGUAUGAUGCAAGAAAAUUGGUUGAAAACUCACAAAGUUUUUCAAGUUUUUAUAACCUUAGUUUUUCAAAAAUAAUGGCGAUACUGUUGCAAAGAAGGAUGUCAUGGCAAGUUUUAAAAGCAAAGCGAAUGUAUUGACGUUUUUGGCCAAGUUCUUCUGUUAACCUAGUGCGAGAUUUUCAGUCAAAAAGGUGAGGAUUUCUCCAAACUUUAUUCAAAAUAGAAGUCGGAAAACACAAGAAAGAUGAACACGGAACACAAGUAAGCAGAUACGAUUUUUUAAGGGUAUUUUUGAGUAGAAAUAUGCGAUCAAACACUCACAAAAUUCGAUAGGCUGCGUAGCAGUCGCUUUAUUUUUUUUUUAUUUGAGGAUAUUUUAAUGUGAAAAAAAAGGCGGAGAAAUACGGCGAUGGGGAAAAGGGCGAUGGGGAAAAGGGCGAUGGGGAAAACAGGGAAAGAUAAAGCGCCUGCAACCGGCCUUAAUGUCAAUUAAUUUCACAUUCAGAUUCUGAACGGAAAAUACUGAUUGGUCAAAAUCUGACUCAAGGUGUCUUACUUCCAGUCCGUGAAAUUAGCAUUUUGAGUAAUACAAAUGGCGACGUUAAAUGAAUGUUUAUGAACGAAGCGCUGUGUAAAAUUUUUCAAAUAACAGGUAAAGGGCUAAUCUUGAAAGAAGAGCAAAAAGAAGCAGUAAAGUGUCUUCUUUCUGGAAGGGAUGUUCUUGCGAUCUUGCCAACAGGCUUUGGCAAAAGCCUGAUUUUUCAAUUAUUUGCUAUUGCAAAGUCAAUCAAAGCUACACGAGCCGGCACCAGCCUUGGGUACUGUUCUUGUCAUUUGUCCUUUGGAUAGUAUUGUGAAAAAUCAACUAAUGGAGGCUGAGUCAUAUGGGCUUAAAGCCGUUUCCCUUUCAAGUUCAGAAAUGUUUGAACAAAUCAAUGGUGCCCCUGAUGUUGUAUUCGCCUCUGCCGAAGCAGUGAGUCAGAAGGCAUUUAGGGAAUCACUGAAGAGAACACGAAAUAUCCACGCUAUAGUUAUAGACAAGUCACAUACUGUGGAAACAUGGACAGGAAGAAAGUAAGAAACACAACAUUUACUUUUGAUCGAUUUCUUAUUGAUGAAUUUUAAUUACUUCCAAAGCUUCAAUCUUCAUAUUAUAUUAUAUUAUAUAUAUUAUAUUAUAUUAUAUUAUAUUAUAUUAUAUUAUAUUAUAUUAUAUUAUAUUAUAUUAUAUUAUAUUAUAUUAUAUUAUAUUAUAUUAUAUUAUUUACACACCUGUAGUGUAUAUAUAUAUAUAAAUUGAUACUCCUCCCAUGUCGAAGAAUACAUUGGGAAAUUUCUCAAUAAAUUGUUUAUAUUAUUGCUUCUUAUUUGGGUGUGUAUUCUCUUACAGAAACAAGAAAGACAAAGUUUUCAGAAGUGCUUAUGGGGAGUUGUCAAUUCUGCGAUCCUUUUGUAAGAAAGGUUUGUACUCCUGUAUUGUUUGUUUGGAAUAUUAAAAUCAAAUUUAAAACAGAUAUUACUAAAACAUGUUGUCUUGCACCCCAAUGUGUUCUACUUUAUUAUUUUUGUCUAAUGCCGGAAUCUUUUACUUGUCAAUUGGAGGGUUUCACAGCUUUGAAUUUUAUUUGAGCGACUGCUAUGCAGGUUAGAAUAUUGGUCAACCCAUUAAGGUGUAUUAAAUUAACCCUGCUACCCCCUUCAACGUUCUAGUACAUUUACCAUUAUUGAAAGUACAUACUCCCCUCCCCAUCUGAGCAGCAGAAAUUUUAUCUGUGGGGGUAGUGAGAAUCUUUUCUGGAAUUACCUAUUGUAAAGUACAUAAGAUAUGGUACAACAUUUAAUAUAAAAUAUAAUUUUGCAGACGCACCAUUCCUAGCACUAACUGGCACUGCUGACAAGAAAACCCAGGGUACUAUUAUUAGUCAGCUGUCACUACAUGACCCAGUGAAGCUAUUAAUCAGUCCAGAGAGGAAGAAUUUACGCAUCUGAGUGACAAACUGAAAAAAGACCACAAUAUUUGGAAAACUGGAUUGGCCGAUUGACUUAGCUUUGGAAAAAGGGGUGAAUAUGCCAAAAACAAUCGUGUUCUGCAAUAUGAUGAAUGAAAUGGCUCCCGUCUGAAAUUAUUUGUUUAUAAAAAUGGGAAAAUACAUAUAUUAUGAAACAGCAGAUGGUGAAAGAUCCUGCAUUGUUGACACAUACCAUUCCAUGACUUGGGCUGCCACUAAGAAAAGACUUCUUGCUUCAUUUAAGGGUUCUGGGGAUGAUACCAAAAUAAUUAUAAUUGCUUCAACAGCGCUGAGUAUGGGUGUUAACUUUCCUGAUGUACAUUAUGUGAUUAACUGGGGGCCACCAAGGACACUCGUAGACUAUCAUCAAGAAGCAGGAUGAGCAGGUUGAAAUGGAGGGCAUGCCCACAGUAUAACAAUCUACCAUAGCAACCAGACUGCUCACUGUGAAGAUGAUGUUAAACAAUUUGUUCGUACAGAAGGAUGCUAUUGUGUGGCAAGUUUAAAGCCUUUUGUUCCUAAUGUUGUGACUGUAGAACCUCUUCAAGACUGUUGCAGCAAUUGCUGCCUUAAUUGCAAGAGCAGUGAUAGCUGUAGUGGUUCAAAUCUUCCAUUUGAAAAAGAUCUUGUAUCAGACCAGGAAGCACCUCAGCCACUAAGGAAGAGAGAUACUAGUGACCAACAGAGAAAUGACAUUUGUGAUGCCCUUAUGGAACUCAAGGACAAGUUUAAGCACCAUUGCCCUCCAGAGGUCCAUGGUUUUUUGGAAGAACUUGUUCUAGAGUUAGUUAAUAAUUGCUCUACUAUAUUCACUGUCAGUGACAUUUUGAAAUUUCCAGUAUUUUCAGUUAGAACUGCAUUGCAAAUACUGGAGGUAUUUCAGAAUAUUAUUGAUGACACAGAAGAAGAAGACAACACAUCUGAGAUCUUUUCAACACCCGAUAUACAUGUAUGUGAAGGAUUAAACUUUGAUUUUACUGACAUGGGUAAUGAAAUAUGUGCAGCAGAGUGCCUCGGUGAUGAGGAAAUUGAAAACUUAUUCUGA